AUGUGUCUGAAGAUAAUUGAAAAUGGAGAACACAGAGAUAUCCACAUCAAAGAAGGAGAGAUGUUUCUGCUGCCUGCUCGAAUCCCGCACUCUCCGCAAAGAUUCCCAAACACCGUGGGUCUUGUAUUCGAGAGGAGGAGGUUAAAAACUGAAACAGAUGGCCUACGGUAUUAUGUUGGUGACUCCACAGAGGUUUUAUUUGAGCGGUGGUUUUACUGUGAAGACCUGGGAAAGCAGCUUAUUCCAGUUAUUAACGAAUUUUUCAACUCAAAACAAUAUAAAACUGGAAAUCCUGACCCAGAAUGGACACCACAACUCCCUUUCGCUCUCAGUACUGUGAAAGUCAUGGAACCAUUUUCAUUUCAAAGCUGGCUAGACAAACAUCGUUCAGAAAUCAUUCAGAAAAAAUACUUCCGUUUAUUUGCAGGUGGUCAUGAGACAGAGGUAUGGUAUCUCACAGGCAUGUGGAAUAUUUUAUUUAUUUCUGGUACUUGUGUAACACCAUCAAUUUACGUAUCGCUUUAUUUUACAUAUAUAUUGUACAUUCACAUCAUCCCUAACCCUCAAGGGGUGUACAAUCUAAGGUCCCUAACUCACAUUCAUACAUACUAG